AGGGACACAAUGUGGUAAUAACUAAUAAACUAAUAAUAAUGUAAUAAUAUUACAUUAGGUAUUAUAUAUUAUAUUAUAAUAUCAGUUUACAAGUUACAGUAUAUACCUAAUUUAACACACACUUCUUAGGUGUAUUAGCUUAGAUAUAAUAUUUUGAGUAUAAAGUUUAUAAUAUCGUCAUCGGCGUCGCAAACCUAAGAUUUCUUUGACUUAAUUCGUCAUGGAAUUCACGGUGAUCAACUCUGACGUCGGGCGGUUUAGCCGAGACGACGAUCAUCAUAACGAUUCGGAUGCAUCGUCGACACGAAAAUUCGAAGACGUCGGUUGUCUGGAUCUCAGUUGUUCGAAUAUACUGCACAUAGCCAAUUUGUGUUUGAUAUCGUCCACCAAUCUUACGUCGUUAAAAUUACCGGUCAACCGUAUUGAUAAAAUUUGCAAUCUCGAUGCCUAUACAAACCUUGUGGAGUUGGAUCUUUCGCAUAACCAUAUUAAGCAGAUCGAAAAUCUCCAGGGAUUAAUUAAAUUGCGGCGUUUGACUUUAAACCACAAUCCACUGACAAACGUACAAAAUUUGGAUACUCAACGUAAUUGUUUGGAAAUGCUAGACAUAGGAUAUUGCAAAAUAGCUGAUUAUAAAUUUACUUUGUACUUAAGAAAGUUUACGAACCUCAUAUCACUAAUAGUAGAAGGUAACCCAUGCCAAACUGAACCCAUUUACUCCGAACGGACAUUCAUACUGUCAAUUGUACAAUCGUUACUGGUGUACAAUAAUAAAACUGUUACAGUUGAAGAAAGAAAAGAAGCUCUCGACACCCACAGUCAACUGGUUGCUAUGCUCGAAAAAAAUGACAAGAAAUGGAAACGGAUGUCCGUGGACGAGCAAUUGCGACUAGAACGGUUGGCGGGCAGGAAGAACGCGUUUUUAGAUGGAAUCCCGGAAGGCGAAGACGUCGAUUUCAACGUCAACGUAUUUCGAAACCCGACCGUGGAACAAGUAUUGAUGGAAAACAGCCGUUACGGGAUCCAUAACGUUUACAGAGGAUACGCUGACAACUUUAGGCGACUGAUAACCGAAAUAACGGAAGCUGCAGAGACUAGCCGCGGGAUCCGUGCCCGACUGGUCGACGAAUUCCACUGCGAUUUGCGGCAAUUGAUCGACGGCGGCGUGGACGAAAGCAGAAAGUGCGUUUCGGAGUUUGCUGAGCACAAGAAACGUGUGAAAUGCGAAUUGUCGGCAGGCACCGGUGACGGUGUAAGUCCAUCGACGAACGCUGACGUCGCAUGCGGACGAUUCGGUGAGAGGAUGCGAGUAACGUGGCUCACGCUGAUGGGCCAUGAGGACCAAUUGUCUAGGAAAAUAACGAAAAUGAUUGGUGAAUUGCGGGACGUACUUGAAAAGCAGAUAGUCGAAUUCAAACAGUUGGUCAACAACCGAUUUUGUAUGUUGCAGAGACAACAGAACAUAUUCCUACAGUUCAUUUUAGAGUAUGCAGUGUCUUCGGUGCAAAGCGAUGACAUAAACAAUAGAAUUAGCAGAGUGUCACAAUUCACAAACGAUAUUUCACAAUGUAUGGAAUCGCAAGCUUCGCAGGUAGAACGCGCUGAAUUAUACAUAACGAAAAGUGCUUCCAAAUGGUUAGACGACGUGUUUGACAAAUUGAACAGCGAAGAAUUCCAAAGAAAUCGUCGGAAGAUAUCAGAAAUUGCAUCAUUUAUCCGUUAUCAAAAUGAAACAUUGAAACGAACACAGUCUUAGCAGUUAUAACAGUCUUAUGAUGUUUGGAGUUAGUUUAUUAUUAGGUACCUAUAUUAUGUAUUUAUUAUAGUAUAUUGUUAUAUUACAUAUAAUAACUAAUUGGACCUAAUUGGUUAUAAGGCAACCAAAAUAUAUAUUUUCAAUGCCAUUAUAGAUAUAAACAUCAUAAAAAAUAAAUGUAUAUUGUUAAUGUACGUAAUGUCUAAACAUAUUCAAUUUUAAACGUCAACAAAUGUUAACAUAAUAAGAUCAUAAAUUAAUGUGUUAUAGACAAAAGCUUAAGUAUAUUAAAUAAUACAUGCUAUACUCUGUCUAGCAAGAUUAUAAACUUUGUAAUUGUAAAAAUAAUGUGGUCCGUUAAAAAAUACAGUUGCAAAAAAGAAGGGGUUUAGUGGAACCGAACUACAAUUAAAUUAGGGUGUGCAAAAUUUAUUUUUCAUUACUCACUCCUUUUGCACCAUACAUU